AUGAUGCUCAUCAAGCUCGGCCGUUCGCCAGACGAGCUCAUCACCGUUUCCCCCGCCGACGAUGCCCGUAUCCUUCGUCGCAUCGACCUCGCCCUUCUUCCGCUCAUGCUGUCCGUGUACUUUCUACAAGCCCUCGACAAGGCUACGCUGUCAUAUGCGUCCAUUUUCGGCCUCAUCGACGACACGGAUUUGGUGGGCGACGAGUUCUCGUGGCUGGGUAGCAUUGUUUACUUGGCGCAGCUCAUCAUGCAGCUGCCCUUGGCAUGGGCCUUGGUCAAGCUGCCGAUCGGAAAAUUUACGAGCGCCAUGGUUCUUGCAUGGGGAAUCACCUUGACUGGAAUGACAUGGGCGCAUAGCUUUGGACAACUCAUGGCGGCUCGUUUCUUUUUGGGUGCUUUUGAAGCUUGCGUUGGACCAGCCUUUGUUGCUAUAACGCAGAUGUGGUGGAGGCGAAGAGAGCAAACAAUGAGAAUUGGGUCUUGGUAUUGCAUGAACGGUUUGACCUGGGUGUUUGGAAGUCUCAUCACUUAUGGACUCGCUAGUAUAGAGUCCAGCAUGAAGCCUUAUCAGAUCAUUUUUCUUUUCUUUGGUGCCGUGACAGUUGCGGUAUCUGGCGCCAUGUUCUUUUGGAUGCCAGAUUCUCCUACUGAAGCAAAGUUUCUCAGCGAUGAAGACAAAAUCCUUGCUAUAGAGCGACUUCGAAACAACCAGAUGGGUGUCAUGUCGCGAGAAUGGAGAAUCGCUCACUUCUUCGAAACCUUGCGAGAUCCCAAAACCUGGCUGUGGGUAAUCAUGAUAUUUUGCAUCUCGGUACCUUCAAAUGGUAUAUCAACGUUUGGACCCCUCAUUAUCAAGUCUUUUGUGACAGACCCCUACAGAACAAUCUUAUUCAACGUUCCAGUGGGGUUGUCGCAUGUCUUGGUCGUUUCAUUGAGUGCGUAUGCAUCAAUGAAGUGGAAGCUCAAGGGGCCAGUUAUUGCUCUCUUGUGUAUCCCUCCAAUCAUCGGGUUUUCAAUUUUACUGCACUAUCCACACGAUAUUGAGCAUAGAGGAAUCUUGCUUGCUGGAUAUUUUUGUCUUUCCACAUUCACAGGCAUCACACCGCUCCUCUAUUCAUGGUCUGCACAGAAUACAGCUGGAGAUACUAAACGUAAAUGUACCUCGGCGUUGGUGUUUAUUGGGUCGUCUGCUGGAAAUAUCGUCGGGCCCUUACUUUUCACACCCGACGAAGCCCCGUCAUAUUCAAGAGGCUUGCGGGCAAACAUUGUGUUCUUCGCCAUGGUUGUUCUAUUCGUCGGCAUUACGUCGCUGUACCUGAAAUUUCUCAAUUCCGAUCAUGCUAAGCGAAGAGUGGCUUUGGGAAAGAGUGCAGUUAUUCUAGACAUGAGUUUGGAGACGGCAGAAGAGGUAGAGCGCAUGGAGGCGUUAGAGCAAGCGAUGCGAGAGGGAACUCAGAGACUUUCUGAAGAAAACGGAGAUACCCGCCUAGGAGGCGAUGAAGAGAAUGGAGUGCAACCGGAUGAUGUUAAAGGACGAAAGGCUUUUGCGGACAUUACUGACCUCGAGAAUGAGGAUUUUGUCUUUGUGUUUUAA